AUGACUGAUUUGCAAAAAGUGACACGAGGACAGGUAGCAGAACAUAAGACCAGUAGUAAUCCAUGGAUCUGCAUCGGAAACAAAGUUUAUGACCUCACGACGUUUCUGGACCAACACCCAGGAGGUAGUGAAGUGUUAAUGAAGCUAGCUGGUCUUGAUGCUACCGAAGCAUACGAAGAUAUCGGCCAUUCAACAGAUGCUCAACUUCUGAAAGAGCAAUAUUUGGUAGCGGAAAUAAUUGAGGAGGAAAAGAUGACAUAUUCAUAUGACAAGGAAAAAUGGUUUGAGAAGGAAAAUGGUGCUAAAAAUAAAAGUGAUUCGGCUAUGAUGGAUCCGAUGACAUUUGUUGCGCUGUUGGCAGUAAUGUUUGCUAUCGUAUAUUAUUUCUUGUUUUAUUAA